UUUUGUGCAACAAGCUUAAUUAAAAAUAUUGACUCCUUCAACUGAAGUAAACUUUCGACUAAUUUUAAUAUUUUUCACAAUGGCAAUUAAACUUGGAGUAAUUAAUUUAUUAAUUACUUUAUUGUCAUUGAUAAAUUACAUCGAGGCUUGUGACGAAGGACAAGAUGAACUAGUAAUAGAAAAAAUAUCAGGACCUUAUUAUUUAGCAGAAGCACCUCAUUGGGAUAUAACACAUCAAGUAUUAUAUUUUGUCGACAUUGACAAUUGUAAGUUUUAUCGUUACAAUCCAGCAACCAAUGAAACCACAGGCACUACCAUAAAAAAUGGAAAAGUCGGUGUUGUUGUUCCUGUAGCUGGAAAAAAUAAUACAUUUGUCGCAGGAAGUGGUACUGAUUUUGUUCAAGUUAUUUGGGAUCCUGAAACUGAUAAUGAUAAUCCAGGUAUCAGUGUGUUAUCAAGAGUUGAUGUUCAUACAAACGUAACGAGAUAUAACGAUGGAAAAGUUGAUCCAAAGGGACGUUUUUGGGCUGGAACAAUUGGUUCACGUACUUCAACAUUUUAUCCAAAUGCUGGUACACUUUAUAGAUUUGAAAAUGAUAGCAGUCCAGUGGGAAUACUUGGAGAAGCAGAUAUGAGCAAUGGCAUGGUUUGGAGUAAUGAUAACAAAACAUUUUAUUGGAUCGACUCAGGACCUCGUAAUGUUUAUGGUUUUGAUUAUGACAUGGAAUGUGGAACGAUCGAAAACAAAAGAGUUGUCUUUAGCUUUGAAGAAAAUAACCUACGUGGUAUUCCUGAUGGAAUGACCAUUGAUACUGAUGGAAAUCUUUGGAUAGCUUGCAACGCUGGUGGCAAACAGGUCAUACAGGUUGACCCAUGUUCUGGCGAAAUAUUGAGACGAGUUCCAAUGCCAGUUAAUUUAGUAUCAAGUGUUGCGUUUGGUGGACCUAAUCUUGAUAUUCUUUAUGUCACGACAACUAGAGAACAUUUGAAUGAAACAGAAAUUGAGAAACAACCAUUGUCUGGAUAUGUCUUUGCUGUUUAUGGACUUGGAGUCGUUGGAGUUCCUAUGCUGAACUAUCGUUAUUAAAAGUUAGUUUACUAUUUAAAAAAAAUGUUCUUUUUUUUGUUAUAAAAGUGAUAAGUUAUCACUUAUCACUGAUAACUAAGACUAUAUAUUUAUUUUAAAUUUGUACUGUUAUUUGAGAAUAAUUAA